AUGCUGGUGGCGCAGUUCCGUAGUGCGUCUCUGAGCACGGACGGCGUCGGACGGUCAACUACCGCAUUGGACGAGCGGCCAGAGGUCGAUGUGGUGACCUCGGGGUCGGAUCAGCUGAACGCUGUCCGGCCACAGCGCACGGCUGACGGUAACCGGAACCGCCAGCGGCGCACGGUCCGCUGCUACCGCUGCGGCCGCGACUGGCUGCGGGCUCUGGACAUACGUGUGGGCGGCGGAGAGACGGCGGUGAUGGACGUCACUCCGGACCGAGGGACGGCGGAUCUGGAGGCGGUCUGUAACAGGCACAAUUCGGUGUUUGACGGCACACCGGGGCGCAUCAGUGGAGUAAAGGCGCACCUGACACUGAAACCGGAUGCACGGCCGGUGUCACGGCCGGUGCGCUCGCCUCCAUAUGCACUGAAACCGGCCGUCGAGCAGGAGCUCGACCGCUGGGUGCAGGCCGGGAUCGCGGAAAAAGUCGGUCCAAACGACGCGCCCGGCUGGGGAACACCACUGGUGACGGUGCCACGGGCUGAUGGCGGUGUGCGUCUGUGCGGUGAUUAUCGACUGACGGUAAACCCGCAGCUGCAAAUGGCGACGCAUCCUACGCCAUCCGCCGAGGACAUCUUUGCGAGCGUCCGAGGGCGGCGGUUCUGCAAAUUGGACCUGAAAGACGCCUUCCUGCAGCUGGAGCUCGCAGAGGAAUCGCGGGAUAUGACAACAGUCGUCACGCACCGAGGACGGUAUCGGAUGAAAUCCCUACCGUUCGGCAUAUCGGCGUGCAGUUCGGUGUUUCAAGCCGCAAUCGAUCACAUCCUGGAUGGCAUAGACGGGUGUGUGGCCUAUCAAGACGAUCUGCUGGUGACGGCGGCGAACAUGACGGACCUGUGCGUGCGCUUGGAUGAAGUGCUGACUCGGCUGGAAGCUCAUGGAGUGAAGCUGAAACGGGAGAAGUGUCAACUUGGACUCGACGAGGUGCAGUACCUCGGCUGGCGCAUCUCAGCACAGGGGCUGCGUCCAGUACAGGAGAAAGUUGACGCAGUGAUCGACAUGCCGGACCCUAAGGAUGUGAAAAGUCUGCGCAGCAUCUUGGGGAGCAUCAACUACUACCAGCGCGUGCUUCCCAACCUCUCCACGGAACUAGCGCCGCUGUACGAGCUCUUACAGAAGGGCGCCACGUGGAAAUGGACUGAUGUGCACAAAAACGCACUGGUCAGAGUGCGGAAACUGCUGGCAGGGGACACAGUCCUAAAGCGGUACGAUGCAGAGGCGCCGCUCAAGCUCGUCACAGAUAGCAGUGAAGUCGGCGUGGGAGCCGUGCUUCUGCAGCCUGACGAGGAAGGACUGGAGCGUCCGGUGAUGUACGCCUCUCGGACACUCACAAAAACGGAGAGGAAAUAUCCAAUGGUAGAGAAGGAGGCGCUGGCAGUGUCCUUCGCUGUCAAGCGCUUCGGUCAGUUUCUCUACGGCCGGAGGUGGACCCUGGUCACGGACAACAGGCCGCUGUCGCGCAUCUUGAGUCCGGAGCGCGAGCUGCCAACGCUGGCGGCGGCCAGGCUCCAGCGGUAUGCGCUGCAGCUCGCGGCUUUCACCUAUGAUGUGGAGCUACGUCCAUCAGAAGACAUGCACCUGGCGGACAGUCUGUCUCGUAUGGCAGUGCCAGGCGGAGAGGUCGAGCCAACGGAUGCUGAGGACGACAACAGCGGCGGCUCGUAUCUGCUGUUCAUGGACGGAGUAGCUCCGGUUCUGACGGCCAAACAACUCGCGGCGGCGACACGCCGCGAUCGGGUACUGUCGCGCGUUCUAACGUACGUGCACAGUGGGUGGCCCGGACAGGUGGAGCAGGAGCUGGCCCCGUUCCGUCAGAGGCGGGAUGAGCUCUCCACGGACCUGGGAUGUCUGCUCUGGGGUGGCAGGACGGUGGUUCCCCACUGCCUUCGGCAACAGGUGCUGGCAGAGCUGCACCAAGGUCACCUGGGCAGCGCCAAAAUGAAAGGUGUGGCGCGCCGAUACGUAUGGUGGCCUGGCAUGGACGCCGAGCUGGAGGCCCUGGCGCGUGACUGCGCGGCUUGCAUGGAAAAGCGCGGGGCACCACCGCGUGCUGAACUUCACCCUUGGGAACCGACGGACAGCUGCUGGUUCAGGGUGGCGCCACACGCGACCACGGGGAGGUCUCCAGCGGAAAUGAUGCUGGGACGGAACGUGCGAACCAACCUGGACCUCCUAAAGCCGGAUGUGCACGUGCGACAGCGCGAGGAAAAACUUCGCCAGUGGCAGGCCGGUAGGCCAGGUCACAACAGGCAGUUCUCGAUCGGAGACCACGUCUGGACACGGGCCUACGGUGGACCGUCCAAGUGGCGGCGGGGCGUCAUCACCGCCCGGACGGGCCCGCUGUCGUUCGAAGUGGACGUGGGGAGCGCGAUCUGGUCGCGGCACGCCGACCAGCUGCGUCUGGCGGGCACCCAACAGGCUGCUGCAGCGUCCGAUGGCGCGGAGGAAAUCAGCCGGCAGCCGACGGUGGCAGCACCGAACCCUCCGAGGAAGCGCAGGUGGCUGCAGGCGGCAACGCUGGUGCCGAGGAGGAGGUCAGCAGAUGUGGCGGUGCGACCUCAUCGGCGACAGGACCAGGAGCUGGAUCAGCAGCUGGGGGCAUCGCUCAGCGCGUUUCCAUCAGGCAACGGAAGCAGCCACGUCGCCUCAUAG